UUUUUUUUUACUGAAAGACAGAAAGAAUGUGGCAGAUUGUUUUCUUUACUCUGAGCUGUGAUCUUGUCCGAGCCGCAGCCUACAACAACUUUCGGAGAAGCAUGGACAGCAUCGGGAGAAGGCAGUAUCAGGUUCAGCACGGGUCCUGCAGCUACACGUUCCUCCUGCCAGAAACAGACAACUGCCGCUCCCCCGGCUCCUACGUGCCCAACGCCGUGCAGAGGGACGCGCCUCUAGAUUACGACGACUCGGUGCAGCGGCUCCAAGUGUUAGAGAACAUCAUGGAGAAUAAUACGCAGUGGCUAAUUAAGCUUGAGAAUUACAUACAGGACAACAUGAAGAAAGAGAUGGUAGAGAUGCAACAGAAUGCAGUACAGAACCAGACUGCCGUGAUGAUAGAAAUUGGAACAAACCUACUAAAUCAAACAGCAGAGCAAACACGGAAGUUAACAGAUGUCGAAGCACAAGUAUUAAAUCAGACAACAAGACUUGAACUUCAGCUUCUGGAACAUUCCCUUUCCACCAACAAAUUGGAAAAACAGAUUUUGGAUCAGACCAGUGAAAUAAACAAAUUGCAAGAUAAGAACAGUUUCCUGGAAAAGAAAGUACUAGACAUGGAAGACAAGCAUAUAGUUCAACUACGGUCAAUAAAAGAAGAGAAAGAUCAGCUCCAGGUGUUAGUAUCCAAGCAAAACUCCAUCAUUGAAGAACUAGAAAAACAGUUAGUGACCGCCACAGUGAAUAAUUCGGUUCUCCAGAAGCAGCAACAUGAUCUGAUGGAGACAGUUCAUAGUUUAUUGACUAUGAUAUCACCAUCAAAAUCACCUAAGGACACCUUUGUUGCUAAGGAAGAGCAGAUCAUUUACAGAGACUGUGCAGAAGUAUUCAAGUCAGGACUGACAACCAAUGGCAUCUAUACGCUAACAUUCCCUAAUUCCACAGAGGAGAUAAAGGCAUACUGCGACAUGGAAACCUCUGGAGGUGGGUGGACGGUCAUUCAGCGGCGUGAAGAUGGCAGUGUUGAUUUUCAGAGGACUUGGAAAGAAUAUAAAGUGGGAUUUGGGAACCCUUCUGGCGAACACUGGCUGGGAAAUGAGUUUGUUUUCCAAGUGACCAAUCAACAGCCAUAUGUGCUUAAAAUACACCUUAAGGACUGGGAGGGAAACGAGGCGUACUCGCUGUAUGAACAUUUCUAUCUCUCCGGUGAAGAACUCAAUUACAGGAUUCACCUUAAAGGACUUACAGGGACGGCCGGCAAAAUAAGCAGCAUAAGCCAACCAGGAAAUGAUUUUAGCACAAAGGAUGCAGACAACGACAAAUGUAUUUGCAAAUGUUCACAAAUGCUCACAGGAGGCUGGUGGUUUGAUGCAUGCGGCCCCUCCAACUUGAACGGAAUGUACUACCCGCAGAGGCAGAACACAAAUAAGUUCAACGGCAUUAAGUGGUACUACUGGAAAGGCUCAGGCUACUCGCUCAAGGGCACAACCAUGAUGAUCCGACCGGCGGACUUCUAGGUGCCUGCACACACCGGAGGAGCAGCGGACUGUGCUGGGUGCCAAGACCUCAGCCCGAAGCUCGAAAAGCCCAGGCUGCGUCAGUGUCUCUUCCACCUCAAACAGGUGGCGUGUGCGCGGGUGCACCGGGAUCCACGCGCUCCAGCUGAGAGCCCCGCAGACCUCCUCACUCAGGCCUGCACCACGCAGGCCCCAAGCGCAGCCCUGGUAUUGUGACCCAGCAGAACGCCUAUGGCAAGAUAAACCUAAGCCUGCGAAUUUAAGACUGACAAUUUACAGACUCUGAUGUCACAACCAAGAAUGUUGUGUCGAGUUCAUCCGUAAAUAACUGGAAAACAGAACACUUAGGCUAUACAGUAGAGAUAACCUUGGAGCUACAUUUUUCUCAGUCCUGUUUAUGGAUUGUGUAAAUAUCCAUAUGUCCUGAAUUCAGCAUCACUAUCAUAACUGAAAGG